AAAAACACAAAAUCUCAAUUUUAAUCAAUUUAAAUUAAUUUUUAUCUAAUUUAUGGAAAACCAAGAUAAUACUGUGAGUGUUAACGUGAAAUGGAUGGGCAAACAAUACGAAGGCCUGAAAAUGAGCUUAGAUGAGCCUUUAGAGUCUUUUAAAAACCAACUUUGUUCCCUCACUGGUGUGCCUCCCGAAAGGCAAAAGAUAAUGUUUAAGGGUAUAAUUCCAAAUGACGCCGAUUUAUCAAAAAUUAAGAUUACUAAUGGAGCUAGGCUUAUGCUAAUAGGGAGUGCGGAAAAGCCGCCCGAGUGUAUUGAGAAAGUCCGUUUCUUUGAGGAGCUGUCAUCACAGGAAAAGGCCAAAAUUAUGAAUGAUAACAUAAUUGUUAAACUUCCACCGGGCAUAAUGAACCUAGGGAAUACGUGUUAUUUUAAUUCGGUAGUUCAAUUCCUAUUCCCAGUUACCGAAUUGUGGAAUUCUGUUUCAAAGUGCUUAGAAGUAAAUGGUAACUCACCAGACGUCCAUUUUGCAAAGUCACUACUUGAUAUGAAGAACCAGUUGAACCACACCCUUGAGAGAUUUGUCCCCCUGGUUCAGAUACAAUUCUUGAGGAAAAUAAAUCCUCUGUUUUGUAGAAAGGAUGAGAAAACAGGAAUGUAUAUGCAACAGGACGCAGAGGAAUGUUUAAAUUGCAUACUGGGAAACUUAAACUCUUUAUCUGAAGAUAAGAUUGCAGAGAAUGUGUUUGGCUUUUCCAUGGUCUCAAAAACAAAGCCUGUUAAGCCUGAGGGUUCAGACUCCGAACCGUCGGAGACAGACACAAAUCCCGGGGAAAAUGUCAGUUCAGUGGAACAUAAUCUGGUGCUAUCCUGCUAUAUGGGAACUCCACUGAAGUCUGUUGGAACCUUAAUGGACGGGAUUAACCUGUCACUUAACGAGGAGCUGCUAAAGUUUUCAGAGAAGGAUGGCUGUGACGUUUUGCAUAACAAGGUCAGCAAGCUUAGUUCUCUCCCGAAGUACUUGAUCGUACAUCUUGUCCGUUUUGAGUGGAAGCAGAAGAGCCAAGUAUCGCAUACAGACGCAAUUAAAGCCAAGGUGUGUAGAAGGGUUAAUUUUGAGAGGUAUAUCGAUAUCACGAGUAUUUGUUCUGAGGAACUUCAACAAAAACUAAGAGCUGCUAAAUCCCACCAAAUUAAGAAGGAAGACAAAUUAAAGGAAGAAUUAAAUGGACAGGAAAAGGUAGAGAAUAAGAAUGAGGGCGAAAACCUAGAUGUUGAGAUGGUAAAUUUGGAUGGUUACGAAAUAUCACCGGGAGAAUAUGCUACUGGAAAAUAUGAGCUUAUUUCUAUAGUAACUCAUCAAGGAAGAACAGCGGAUGCAGGUCAUUACAUAUGUUGGACCAAGGAUUCGAGGGAAUACCCGACGAAAAACCCGUCAAACAGUAAUGAAAAAGAUAUGGAUAACCAAAGGGAUGGUGAAAAAGAAUCUAAAAAGAAAAAACAAGAAGACAGGUGGAUCAAGUUCGACGAUGAUGUGGUCUCAGAGCAGGAUUGGGGAUCAUUUGAUUUGUGCGGAGGCAGGAGUGAUUACCAUAUUGCUGUAUUACUAUUGUAUAAAUCACAAAAUACAACACUAUAAAAAUUUUAACCUGUUAAUAAGAUGUAGAACUAAUA